AUGGUUGACAUUCUCUCUGAACACCAUAUCGUUCUGUUAAUAGGCCCACCAGGCCAGGGCAAGACGUCCACCAUAUCUAUAAUAGGCCAGCUUUACGAUAUCUCGCGAAAGGAGGAGUUUGCAGACACAUUUUGCACAACGCUCAUCGGCCGAUGUGGGAAACCAUUGGUGCAUAGUAACAAACUUGUCUUGUCUCUUGACCUCAAAGGCGUCACCCAGAACAACUACAAUCAAGUUCUCAAUGCACAGAUGGAGGAAUUUGUAGCAAAAUAUCAGACUGCUCUCAAUCUGGAGCACAAUAGGAUUUUGAUAGGUAGCGAGGCUACAGAUACAGUUAAUAAUAUCAUGGUUGCCUUAUCGGAUGCUUGUAUCUGGCACUCGUUGGUUGUCACAAUCGACAACUACGAUUCACCCUUCUUCGAUCCAGACCUUACUAAGCCAACAUACGACAAAAUGAAGAGCAAUUUAGCAAAAUUACUUUACCUUCUCGAAAUGUGGACCAACACCGAUGGCAUUUCUGUGAUGUUUUUGGCAGGUCGGACUGAUUUGGGUUGGGUGGGCUGCCCAAAAAUGGCAUACAAUAUCGUCAUCAGAAACACGCUGGACCACUUCGACGAUCCCAGAGAGGUUGAACUCUGCGGUCUCACCAGACAGGAAAUCCGAGAUGUCACUUCAGGCCUGAGCAGUCAGUUUCCCUCUCUGGGAUUGGAAGGCCUCAGGGACGAAUUUUUGGAAACGGUUGGGAAGGAGGAGUAUCGGGUUGUUGGAAAGUACCAUGGGUACCCCUGCCGCGCAGUAUUGGAUUGGCUCCAUGACUGGCUGAAGGAACACGCUGCGCAUAUUCUUGGGUAG